AUGAGCCAAGAUACAAGAAAUUGCACCAAAAAAGAAGAAUAUAAAGACGGAUUCUUCGUUGAGGUUGGCGCCGUUGACGGGGAAUACUUAAGCAACUCGUUGUACUUCGAGAGAAAUCGGGGCUGGACGGGCCUUCUGAUAGAACCUUUUCCAGAAACCUACAAACAACUUUUAAGUAAACAAAGAAAGGCCUACUCAAUAAACGCAGCACUUGCCUUGAACAACGUUUCCUCUGAAGUCGGUUAUUUGAAGUUUAUGGGAUGUGUCUGCAGUUCUAGAGUGUUCAGCUAUAAAAGGAAUAUCCUUUCCCACCUGUACUCCAUUCUUAUGGCAGUUAAUGUGACAGUAGUUGACUUUUUCUCCCUCGAACUUGAGGGCGUAUUAAGAACAAUUCCUUGGGACAAGAUCACAUUCCGUCUCAUGUGUGUGGAGAUCAACCAUAUUCCAGAAGGUCCAAAUGUUCUUAUAGAAUAUGUGAAGCUUCAGGGUUACAAGUUCCUUGGUAUCAAAGGUAUUGACGCCUGGUUCGGCUGGCCAAAACUCUUAAAACAAACCAUGAAAAGCAUUUAA